AUGACGACUAAAUUUGACAGUCGCGAGGAUUUGGCUGUGACUCGCAACUAUGGUCACUUAUUGGUGGAAAUGUCAAGUAUAGUUCCUGACGGCAUUGUGGCAUUUUUCCCCAGUUACCACUACUUGGUAAGCCCACUUUUAUCAUUGAGAUUUUGUUACUUAAGAGGAAUUAGUAGCGAGUCUACAUUUGCGACGUGGUACGAACAGAAUUUAAUUCAGAAAAUCCAGCAACACAAGCUCCUCUUUGUUGAGACGCCGGACAAUGAGGAGACCAGCUUGGCCCUGGCUAACUAUCAAAAGGCCUGUGAAAAUGGUCGAGGUGCGAUACUUCUCUCUGUUGCGCGGGGAAAAGUAUCCGAGGGAAUCGAUUUUGACCAUCACCUGGGUCGAUGCGUCAUAAUGUUCGGCGUACCCUAUGUUUACACCCAGAGUCGUAUCUUCAAGGCUCGCCUCGAUUAUCUGCGUGAGCAGUAUAACAUUCGCCCAAACGAAUUCAUCACCUUCGAUGCGAUGCGUCAUGCCGCACAAUGUCUGGGACGCGCUAUUCGAGGCAAAUCCGACUACGGCAUCAUGAUUCUCGCGGACAAGGUUAGCAACUUAUAA